AUGGAUUUUCAUUCAAUUGCUCAUAUUAAAGCUACCAUCAUCAUCAAGCUUGUUUAUUACGACCCAAUGCCUAUCAACAACAACCUGUCCCUGCCAUCAUCUUCAUUAAUGAUGGAUCAUGACCAGGGUGUUACAGAAACCGAAACAGUAAAUGCUGCCAAAUCUUGUGCUGUUUGUGGUUCUCGAUUACACAUGACAAAACAUUGUCCUGUUCAUCCUUGA